AUGCAAGCUAUCUACAUCAACCUCCUGAACUUCUUGCUCAUCCUUAACUUCUCUCCCACCCUGACUCUAGGCUCUGUGGACAACUUCAACACCGCUGCCGCCCAGUACUUCGAGAGCAAAGGCCUAACCAUCUCACCUCCCCGCUUGUUAGGCGAGUUCCUCGGCUUGCCUGGAGUCCAGAUUAACAAUACCGGCUCUCUCGACGAAAUCAUCGCCCAGGUCAAACUCGACCAUCCAGAAUGGAAGCCUUCCACAGACCUAGAACAGCAUGGCGCUCCGCGCAACAUCGAUCAUCUGCGCUCACGCGCUAGUACUUCACAAAUGUUCGCCCAACAAUACACCUGUUACCCUACCUUUGCCUCCGCCCGCACUUUCAGCGAGUUGGUCCCUUUUGCCCGCAACCAACUGACCCUUGCCGGCACGAACAUCGUCUAUAUGGACGCGCACUCCUGCGGCCGGCUCGCACGCUUCGGGGAUGCCGGGAUAUGGAUCUGCUACCUGGGAGAUAGAGACAACUGGGGCUCCCCGUCGCUUUACUAUAUCGGUACCUGUGUGGACUACAUUGCACAACAGUGCCUGCAAGACUGGGACCCUAGAAUUGGAACUGGCUAUGUUAGUGGUCAACUCGUUGAUAGUGAUCAGUGGUCCGUCGCCGUCUUCAAGGAUGGUUGA